GCAACUGCAAUACAAUGACAUCUACUCCUACUCUGCAAGCCAUCAAGUACAGUAGAGGACAUUUGGAUAUUCUUGACCAGUUAAUUCUACCAUUUGAAUCUGUUUAUGAAACCAUCAAAACUGCUCAUGAUGGAUAUAAUGCCAUCAAGACUAUGAAAGUCAGAGGUGCACCUGCGAUUGCCAUUGUUGCUGCCUUGUCACUUGCUGUUGAACUCCACAGCGAAACCACUCAUCGAUCAUCUGCUGCAUUCAAGACACCACAAGAUGCUGUCGAUUUUAUCAGUGAUCGUCUCACUCUACUCAAAACAUCUCGUCCAACAGCUGUGAAUUUAUUUGAAGCUGCCGAUCGUUUACUACGUACUGUUCAGGAUGCUGCCACGAAAGCAGCUAAAGAUCUAGUUGAUAAUCCAAUUGCUGUUAUUGUAAAGGCAUACAUGGAUACUGCUGAAGCCAUGCUUCAACAGGACAUUCAAGACAAUAUGAAUAUUGGCAGGUUUGGUGCCCAGUUUAUUCAGGAUCAUGCAGUGAAGCAUCAAGGAUCCAAGGUCAGAGUGUUGACUCAUUGCAAUACUGGAAGUCUUGCUACUGCUGGAUGGGGCACUGCUCUUGGUAUCGUUCGUGAGCUGCACUCUCGCGACAAGCUUGAUCAUGCCUUUUGCACGGAAACCAGACCAUACAAUCAAGGCGCUCGUUUAACUGCAUAUGAGCUUGUCUAUGAACAGAUUCCCUCCACGCUUGUAUGCGACAGCAUGGCCUCUGCAUUGUUAAGGGAAAAGAGCAUUGCUGCCAUUGUCGUUGGUGCUGACAGAGUGGCUGCCAAUGGAGAUACUGCAAACAAGAUUGGAACUUACCAGCUGGCUAUCAUUGCCAAGUACCACAAUGCUUUGUUCAUCGUGGCUGCUCCUUCCACUUCAAUCGAUCUCGAAACUCAAAAUGGCGAAGCCAUUGAAAUCGAGCAACGAUCUGCUCUUGAAGUCACUCAUAUUCGUGGUAAAACUCUGGACGAUGAGGCCAAUGUCAAAGAGCAUCAGUUUAACGAGAGCAUGACCACCACUUUGAUAGAAAUUGCUGCUCGCGGUAUUGAUAUCUGGAAUCCUGCCUUUGAUGUUACGCCUGCAUCACUCAUCUCCGCUAUUGUUACUGAACGAGGUGUAAUUCUUAAAAAGCCUGGUCAUGACGAAUUUUCUAUCAAGGAAUUUUUGUCUACUCAUUAGAUUUGACAAUCGACAUGUACAUGCUUGGAUUCGCAUUUUUUAUGCAAAUGAAGUUUGGUUGAAUCCUUGAUAAA